AUGGAUAACAGACGACUGUCGGCAGCAGAGAAAGGUAAAGCUUUGGUAUCAGAACCCUAUCAAGCUCCACGAAAAGCUCGGGUUAGAGUUCCAGAACCAGCAAACGCUUACCUCUUACAGAAGCACUCCCUCACCCUCAUAGGGAGAGUGACAAACCCAUCUAUACAAAAGGUAUGGUCUCCCCUGCCGAUCUUUGCAGAAAGGUGGGCUACUGAAACCCGCUUUGUGGGUGCUGAUCUGGUACAAGGCAUGUUCCAGUUCCAGUUUGAGAAAGAAGAAGACCUUCUUACUAUCCUCGACAAACGUCCCUAUCAUUAUGCAAAAUGGAUGGUGAUUGUGGAGAGAUGGAACCCUACCAUGGCCCCUGACUUUCCAUCACUUAUCCCAUUCUGGAUUAAAGUACAAGGACUCCCUGUUCAUCUUUGGACGGAAGCAACCAUAAAAGCAAUUGGAGAAGACAUAGGAAUCUAUGAAGAAGCUGAGAUAACAUCACUCAACGUGCGCAUGCGGGUGCAAAUCAACGGGACACUCCCCCUCAGUACGAGCUCAGUUGUAGAGUUCCCAAGCGGGGAUGAAGUCACAGCAACAUUGGUUUAUGAACAGUUAGCAAAACUCUGCUCUUACUACUACCGACUGGACCAUGAAGCUCGAGACUGUCUAAAAACAAAAGCAGAGAAAAAAGAAAGGUUGCUACUUACGGAAGGAAACAAUGAGGAGACAGCUCUCUCAGCCAAGGAAGCCGAGCCUACUAUGAGUCGAGGGAGAACUACUACGGGCAAAGCACCGUCAACUCGCUACAGAGACACUUACCGACCAUCCCCUUACAGUCGGCCAAAUGAGAAUUACCACAGAGACCGCUACCAUACCAACAGCUACCGUACGGAGCCACGAAAAGAUAGAAACACAAACCUGAGAGUAGCGGAAAACAGAAGCUCUCAAUGGAGAAGAACCCAUGUCCACCACUCCUUUAAUAAGGAAUGA